AUGAGAGUUCCCAGCCUGCUUCUUCUUUUAUCUUCGCCGGCUAUCGGCGCUUUGGACAGCUCCCAACGGGCCGAGCUGGCAGCAAGCCUGCCCUGCAACCGUUUUGUGUCUACUGAGUUGACAUUCAUCCAGCAGCCGUCUGGUGCCAGGCCAAUCCUUGCUGAUGUCAGUGCCCUGAAGGCGCAGUCACCGUCAGCGACAACACCCUCCUUGGGGUCGUACAGGCUACCAGCUCCUGAUGCUACCACUUCCGCGCUUCAGCAAGUGCCAUCUGCCCAAGCGGCCUCUGCCCUCCCGCAGACGCCUGGCGGGCAGGCUUCUCCCGCAGCCCAGAUGCCGUCUGCGUCGGCUGUGCCAGCCUUGCCGACAUCUAAUAGGCCAGAGUCUACUGCGGUUCAGGUGCCGUCUGCCUUUGGUGUGCCUCCCCGUUCACCAAUUCCAGAUAUGGCGGCGCAAGCUUCUCCGGGCAUGGAGGUGCCUUCUGCCACUGCCUCUUUUCUGCCGCAGACGUCGGACAGGCAAGCUUCGCCAGCAGUCCAGGUGCAGCUGCCGUCCACCCCAACAGAACCUUCCCUGCCGCAGACCUCGGAUAGGCAGGCGUCUUCCGUGGCCUUGAAGUCCGACUUGUCACCACAGGCGCGAUUUGCAGCGACAUUGAGCCUGGCCUUGAUCGUGAAAGCGCUGUGCAUGCUCAGCAACAUGCUUUGCUACGUGUCGCCGCUUCCACAGGUACAGCAGUUUCAGAAGCUGGGGGACACAGGUGAAGCGGAUUCCGCUCCGUUUAUGUCUAUUCUCUACGCAGGCUGGCAGUGGUGUUUCUAUGGCACAUUCGCGUAUUUCGUUACGCAGAAGAGUGGUUUUCUGGUGCUGUUCUACUCCAAUGUUGCUGGUGCAGUUCUUGGUAUUUAUUACGUCUGGGGAUUCCAGCGAAACUGCCGCGACAACAAGGCCUUGCAACAACUGCAUCUGUACUUUCGCGCCGUGGGAGUCAUUGUUUGCCUUCAGUGCGUGGCGAUCUGCUCAUUGACCCGGGGGAACGCGCUCUUCUUCAGUGGCCUCAUGUCCUCCCUGUCCAGCAUCGUGAGCGCUACAUCUUUAUGCUCCACCCUGCCGAAGGUCAUCAUGACUCAGUGCUCCGCCUCCAUCAAUGUGGAGCUGCUCACUGUCGGCCUUUGUUCCUCUGUGUUGUGGGUGAGCUGUGGACUGAUGCUCUGGGACAUGUGGAUUACAGUUCCGAAUCUUUUCUGCAUCACCAUCCAGCUUGUCUGCGGCUUCUUUGUGCUCUUAUUUCCCAGAGAGGAAGAGGGAGAUUUGGCCUGCAUACCAUCACGAUCACCAGUCUGUGCUUGGCUUCUGCCAGCUGAACGUGACGAUGAGGCACAGGCAGAAGAACACACGUCUAUAUCCUCCCGGCCGACUCUUGCCGGGCGAACCGCUGCGGCUGCUGCAGCAAUCCGUGCUGCCUUGGCAGCAUCUGAAGCCAGGCAGGCCGCGCAGUGGGCACCGCAGGACUAUGGAAGUACAGUUUCAUCUACUGCCGGGACCGGUGGGACCUGGUAG